AGCUCUACCUUAUAAAUUAAACCAUGCUCUUCCCCCAACUCUCAUAACUUAAUUCCCAUAAACUUCAAACUCUUCCAAUGGCCACUCCCUCACAAUUCGACGUGCCGGACGACGACCAGUUCCCCCUUCCGGGCUUCCGCUUCCACCCGACGGACGAAGAGCUCGUCGACUUCUACCUCCGUCGCAAAGUCCACAACAAGCCUCUCGCCAUCGAACUCAUCAAACAAAUCGACAUUUACAAACACAGCCCAUGGGAUCUUCCCCAUGCGAGUAACGCGGUGGGGGAGAAAGAGUGGUAUUUUUUCUGCAAACGAGGGAGGAAGUAUAAGAACAGUGGGAGGCCAAAUAGGGUGACCGAGUCAGGGUUUUGGAAGGCCACUGGAAUUGAUAAGCCUAUUUAUGGGCACACCCACCAUGGGUGCAUUGGGUUGAAGAAGACGCUUGUUUAUUACCGUGGAAGCGCCGGUAAAGGCACUAAAACCGAGUGGAUGAUGAAUGAAUUUCGUCUUCCUUCUUCUUCUUCUACUACUACCUCCCGCCAUCCCUUCGGUACAAUGAUUAAAAACAGCCUCCAAGAAGCUGAAAUUUGGACUUUGUGUCGCAUAUUCAAAAGAAACAUCUCCACCAGAAAAGGCAUCAGUACACACAAUUGGAGGGAGAUUCCAGCGCCCAAAAGUCAAUCAAUGGAGAUCAUGAACUUCAGAGCAACCACCAAUGAUAUCAAUAUCGACAGAUGUUUGAGUGACAGCCAAGAAAGUAGCUACAUCGGAUUCGCCUCUCAUAAUUCCUUCAUUAGCUUUGAUCAUGUGAAGGAGGUUCAAAGUUCUCCUCAGAUUCAGAUGGUGCACGGUGGCCGAUUCAUGACUCAUUUUUGUGGCCCAACUGAUCAGCCAUCAUCCGCCGAUCAUAAUUCACCGACAAACGUAUCACCCUCGUCGUCGAGCUUCUCGGAUUUUGAUGAGGAUGCCACUGAUUUGUUUGGGUACGAAAAAUGGGAAGAGCUGAAAUCGAUUUUGGAGAGUGAUCUUGAUUCAUGAAGAGCUUCAAGUUCAGUUAGAUGCAAAUUUAUGGGGGUUGUUUUACUCAACAUAUGAUUCGAAAAUGACCCGAAAAUGAAACUAU